UCACACACACAUGCGCGCACGGGAAAGCACCGGGCCUUUCUCUUUCGGUCGAGCGGCCGAGGCUUCUCUAGCGGGGGUGUUCGCGUCCAGACAGCGGCGCUUGCGCGGCUGCGCAUUUCGAGGGAGGAGUAAAAUAGAGAGGAACGAGGAGGAGUUUUACUAGCAUUUUUCUAUUCUCUAGCGGGGGAGAGGAGAUCAAGGGGGAGGGAGGUUUUGCCGUCGGCAAUGGAGAUGGCACUCCGGGCGCAGAGCCCGCUCUGCUCCCGGGGCCGCCCGCUGCUCGUCGUCCGGCCGGCCGCUGUCCUCGCGCAGUCUACCGUAGGGCGCAGCAGAUUUACAGGAGGCAGGCUUGUUCGAUGCAUGGUAUCAAGUUCAGAUUAUUCCAAGAGGAAUCCGAGGAGAACAUCGACUCCUAAACCCAAAGGCACUGCCUCCAGAGGAGGGUAUGCCUCAAGACCUACUGCUGAGUCCAGCACGAAGAAGAUUGAGGAAAGCAGCACUGACGAAGGUGAUCUUGGCAAAAGCAAUGGGACACUCCAUAUUGAAGCAACAGAGCAGGCAGGUACCGCAGCAAAGGAUGAGGUUCAGGCCACAGAAGAGGCUGACCAAAAUCAAUCUUCAGCAUCGUCUUCCACAACCCUGGAUGAUGAAUCAAUUGACAGAAAACUUGAUGAAUAUCGGGGUAAAAUAAGUGCACUAGUAAGUUCGAAAUCAGAACCUUCAUCACUUGCAAGUGUUCGUGGACAAGAAAAACCAGUUGUUGGUGUCCAUGAACAAGAGGGAUCAACAACUGAGGAACAUGACAGUUCAAUUGUUGAUGAACCGCCAAAAGGCAGGCCAUUUGCCGAGGCAGUUGUAGGCUAUCCAGUGAAAGAUGCAGAGGAGGAUCAGGAACAGUAUGAACCAGAGAUGCAAGCACCAGUAGAAGAUGAUGUGGACCCAGAAGUGCUAAAGAGGAGGCUUCAAGAGCUUGCUGAUGAAAAUUAUUCAGUCGGAAACAAGUGUUUUGUUUUUCCUGAAGUGGUGAAGGCUGAUUCAAUGAUUUAUCUUUACUUAAACCGCAGUAUGUCAACCUUAGCUAGUGAGCCUGAUGUUCUUAUAAAAGGUGCAUUCAAUGGUUGGAGAUGGAACUCGUUCACUGAAAAAUUGCAUAAAAGUGAAUUAAGAGGGGAUUGGUGGUGUUGCGAACUCUACAUUCCCAAGCAGGCAUACAGAUUAGACUUUGUAUUCUUUAAUGGUGACACUGUCUAUGAAAACAACAAUCACAAUGAUUUUUUCCUGGAAAUAGAAAGUGACAUAGAUGAACACUCAUUUGAGGAUUUCUUGGUUGAAGAAAAGCGAAAGGAACUUGAGAGGCUUGCUGCAGAAGAAGCUGAAAGGAAAAGACAGGCUGAGGAGGAGCGCAGGAGAGAGGAAGAAAGGGCCGCAAUGGAGGCGGACAGGGCACAAGCAAAGUCUGAGGUUGAGAUGAAGAAGGAGAAAUUGCACCAGAUGUUGAGUUUGGCCAGCAGAUAUUCUGAUAACUUAUGGUACAUAGAACCUAACACUUAUAGAGGAGGGGACAGGGUUAGAUUGUACUAUAAUAGAAGCUCGAGACCACUAAUGCAUAACAAUGAGAUUUGGAUGCAUGGAGGUUACAACAACUGGAUUGAUGGUCUCUCUAUCGCUGAAAGACUUGUCAAAUCUCAUGAAAAGGAUGGUGAUUGGUGGUAUGCAGAAGUUACGUUACCUGAAAAGGCAUUGGUGUUGGACUGGGUUUUUGCUGAUGGGCCACCUGGCAAUGCAAGGAAUUAUGAUAACAAUGAACGCCAGGAUUUCCAUGCUAUUGUUCCAAAUAACAUACCAGAGGACAUGUUUUGGGUGGAAGAAGAACAUAGGAUCUUUAGAAGGCUUCAGCAAGAGAGAAGAGAAAAGGAGGAUGCCGAUCGACUGAAGGCUGAGAUAUCUGCAAAAAUGAAGGCUGAGAUGAAGGAAAAGACUAUGAGAGCAUUUCUGCUCUCACAGAAACAUAUCGUGUAUACUGAGCCACUUGAAGUACGUGCAGGAACCACUGUGGAUGUGCUUUAUAAUCCUUCGAACACAGUGCUGAAUGGAAAGCCAGAGGUUUGGUUCCGAGGUUCCUUUAACCGUUGGACUCAUCCAAGUGGUCCCUUACCACCACAGAAGAUGGUGAAGGCAGAGAAUGGUUCACACUUACAAGCAACAGUCAGGGUUCCCUUGGAUGCAUAUAUGUUGGACUUUGUUUUCUCUGAGUCGGAAGAUGGUGGGAUAUAUGACAAUAGGAAUGGGAUGGACUAUCAUAUUCCUGUGUUGGAUUCGGUUGCAAAGGAACCUCCUAUGCAUAUUGUGCACAUUGCAGUGGAAAUGGCCCCUAUUGCAAAGGUUGGAGGUCUUGGCGAUGUUGUUACCAGCCUUUCACGAGCUGUUCAAGAUUUAGGCCACAAGGUUGAGGUGAUUCUGCCAAAGUAUGAUUGUUUAAACCUAAGCAAUGUGAAGGAUUUACAUUACCAACAAAGUUUUGCUUGGGGUGGCACAGAGAUAAAAGUAUGGUUUGGGAAGGUUGAAGACCUCCCUGUUUACUUCUUGGAACCACAAAAUGGGAUGUUUUGGGUGGGAUGUGUCUAUGGGAAGAAUGAUGAGAGUAGAUUUGGCUUCUUCUGCCAUUCUGCACUGGAGUUUCUCCUCGAAAGGGGAUCUUCUCCUGAUAUCAUACAUUGUCAUGAUUGGUCAAGUGCUCCAGUUGCUUGGCUAUACAAGGAACAGUAUGCUCUUAAUGGGCUGGGAAAUGGUCGGGUUGUAUUUACCAUCCACAAUCUUGAGUUUGGAGCACAUCACAUUGGCAAGGCAAUGGCGCAUUGUGACAAAGCUACAACUGUUUCCGAUACAUAUUCGAAGGAAGUGGCUGGACAUGGAGCAAUUGCUCCUCACUACUUCAAAUUCCAUGGAAUUCGAAAUGGGAUUGAUCCUGAUAUUUGGGAUCCAUAUACCGACAGCUUUAUUCCGGUCCAUUAUACAUCAGAGAAUGUUGCCGAGGGCAAGAGUGCUGCAAAAAAGGCAUUGCAGCAGAAGCUUGGAUUACAGCAAACUGAUACCCCUAUUGUUGGAAUCAUCAGUCGUCUAACAGUCCAGAAGGGAAUUCACCUUAUCAAGCAUGCAAUUUAUCGAACUCUUGAACGCAAUGGACAGGUGGUUCUGCUGGGUUCAGCACCAGAUCCUCGCAUACAAGGUGACUUCACAAACUUAGCAAGUCAACUGCAUGGUGAAUAUCAUGGCCGGGUGAAGCUUUGUUUAACUUAUGAUGAGCCACUGUCCCAUUUGAUAUAUGCUGGUGCGGACUUCAUUCUUGUUCCUUCCAUCUUCGAACCUUGUGGUUUAACACAGCUCAUUGCUAUGCGGUAUGGAUCCAUCCCGAUUGUUCGGAAGACUGGAGGCCUUUACGACACCGUCUUUGAUGUUGACAAUGAUAAGGAUCGGGCUCAGGCACAAGGCCUCGAGCCAAAUGGAUUCAGUUUCGAAGGAGCUGAUAGCAGUGGUGUGGAUUAUGCUCUUGACAGAGCGAUAACCACAUUUUAUGAUGCUCGUGACUGGUUCAACUCCCUUUGCAAGAGGGUAAUGGAGCAGGACUGGUCAUGGAACAGGCCUGCUCUGGACUACAUGGAACUGUACCAUUCUGCUCGCAAAAACUGAACUUAAUGACGGGGAGAACGGAUUCAGUUUGCCCAGCUCUGCAGCAUCUCAGCCUCUCAGGCAUGCCCUUUCCAGUACCAAUUCUUGUGCAAGAUGGGAAGAAAAGAGUACUGGCUUGUGCAUGGCCACCGUCCAUAGCAGCUGUCUCACUGCCCUCAAGCUCAGCGAUGGCUCGAGUUGGCGACAACGCCGCUCGCUCAUGUGACACGCAGAAUACUCAUUCGGGUGAUAGUUAACAGUUUUGCAAGCAUGUAUCUUUGUCACGUGCAAAUAACUGUAUGUAGUCUUUCGGGUGUACAUAUUUUGUAUGUUAAGCUUUAGAUUUUAGAGUCAAUGGUGUCUUUAGUUUCUGAAGACUCAACUUCAGGCCAAAUGAUAUAUGAUACGACCAAUGGCCUACCUUCCGCUGUUGGUAUCUUGAAAUGUUCGCUGCUAUCUACUUUAAUUAACCAUAAAAAAGCAGGAGUGUUCUUAUC